GAGAAAGCUCUUUUUUCUCUCAAAGUUUCUACAAGAGGCAACAUAAACAUGUGUGGUGGUGCUAUCAUUUCCGACUUCAUCGCCGCCAAGCGUGGCCGGAAGCUGACGGAGAAGGACCUCUGGUCGGAGCUUGACACCAUCUCUGACCUCCUCGGCAUAGACCACUCCAACAGCAUCAACAAACAGCCUGAGGAUUACAAGGUGGUCCAGAAGCCCAAACCAUCAGUCACCAAAGCGACAAGUGAUGCGAAGCCCAAGAAGGCCACCGGGGCAGCUGCCGCUGCUGCUGCAGAAGGCAAGAGAGUGAGGAAAAAUGUGUACAGAGGAAUAAGGCAGAGGCCGUGGGGCAAAUGGGCGGCUGAGAUUCGCGACCCCCGCAAAGGCGUCCGAGUCUGGCUCGGCACCUACAACACCGCCGAGGAAGCCGCCCGCGCCUACGACGAAGCUGCCGUGCGCAUCCGCGGCGACAAGGCCAAGCUCAACUUUUCACAACCACCACCCUCUUCACUGCUUCCACCUCUGGCUCCGGCUACGCCGCCGCCGACAAAGAAGCGGUGCAUUGUUGCUGAAUCAACUCGGGUGGAGUCGACUCAGCCGAGUUUCCACACCGGUUCUUACUAUUAUGAUACAUUUUAUCAGGGUGACGGUGAUAUGUAUGCUAAGAAUGAGGUGGCGGAUGGUGACGGAGGGUAUGAGCUGAAGGAGCAAAUAUCGAGCUUGGAGUCGUUCUUGGGGCUGGAUGAGGUGGUGGCGGAGCAGCCGAGUCAGGUGGUGAGUGGAAGCGGUGACUCGGACUCGUUGGACCCGUGGAUGCUGGAUAACCUGGUGACGCACCUGCAACAGCAACAGCAACGGGGGCAGUUUCUGUAUUAAGGCAGCGGAAUUGUUCUAGCUGUAUGUUGGUAUAGCUAGAAAAAAUAAAUAUUAAUUAAAUUAUGAAUGUAUGUUUAAUUCGCGUUUGUGGAUUGUGACUGGGUUUAUGUCACGUGUGUUGUUGUUUUUUUUUUUUUUUUUUUUGGGAACAAAGUCAUGUGUGUUGUUUGCUUUGGUGUUUAUCUUUAAAUACUAAUUAACUGCUUUUGUA